UAAAUACUCAUUCUCCUUCUUCUUCUUUCCCUCCUUUCACACUCUUAAUCCAUCUGCCAUUUUCAUCCUCUCGAAGCUCUGUAAUGGGAGUUCAUUUCUUCGCUUAGGGUUCAGUGGAGCUUUUGGUGAAGUAGCUUUUGAGAUUGAGUUUGUUGGGAGAUGCUGUUCCGGCUCCGCCGUGAAACGCCGCUGCGAAAUCCGUUUUCUGGACUCAGUGGGCUUGUGUUGAUCGGUCUGUUCGUCACAUUGUCUGCUGCAAGUCUACUGUGAUUUUGGUCAAUCGAAUUUUCUCCAUAGCCUCAAGCUGCCAGAGAAGAUAACAAGAUGAUGUCGAUGCGGAGAAGACUGGCUUGCUGCACAAGGGACCGAGGGGUCAGCCUGGACAUGGACGAGCAAGAGAGGAUUAUGACUUUUAAUGGUCUUGAGAGUUGCGUUUUAACCAAUCAAACCUACGAAAAUGAAAGCAGAUCGAGCCGAGCAGAUGAAUGUACAACUGAUUCACUGGAAGAUCAUGAUUCAAGCUCUUCUUCUAGCAAGGAUGCUUGUGGAUCUUUCUCCUCAAAAUGGUUGGCAAUGCAUAGGGACGAGCAGGAUUUGGAUGAGUGGGAACUACCAGAAAGCCCUCAGCAUUUUUACAUGAAAGAGAAACAUGAUUACACCGUUCAGGCUUCAGACAUGGAAGCAAUGAAAGAAAAGUUCACAAAACUAUUGCUUGGUGAAGAUGUCACAGGAGGGCAGAAAGGGCUGAGCUCUGCCUUGUCUCUGUCUAAUGCCAUCACCAACCUAGCAGGUUUUGCAGCCUCUGUCUUUGGAGAAUUAUGGAAAUUGGAACCUCUUCCUGAGGAGAGGAAGAGUAAAUGGCGAAGGGAAAUGGACUGGUUGCUCUCUCCUACCCACUAUAUGGUCGAAUUGGUUCCUACAAAGCAAAAUGGUACCAGUGGUAGAGUGAUGGAGAUAAUGACUCCAAAGGUUCGGGGAGACAUCCACAUGAAUCUUCCCGCUCUCCAGAAGUUAGAUUCCAUGUUAAUUGGAACGCUGGAUUCAAUGGUGAAGACCGAGUAUUGGUAUGCAGAAGUUGGUAGCAGGGCUGAAGGAAAAAGCAGGAGUAUGGGCCAAAGCACAAGGUGGUGGCUUCCAUUACCACAAGUACCAUCCACUGGGCUAUCUGAGAAUGAGAGGAAGAAAUUGCUCAACCAUGGCCGGGUUGUACAUCAAGUAUUCAAAGCUGCCAAAUCCAUCAAUGAAAGUAUUUUGCGUGAAAUGCCCGUACCAACUGUUAUAAGGGAUGCAGUCCGAGCUUCUGGAAAAGCAAAUAUGAGCGAAGAACUCUACAAGAUUUUGACAUCAGAAUCUGGUCCAGCCGAGAACAUGCUGAAUCAGCUUAAUCUGAAAUCCGACCAUGGAGUUCUCGAGGCCAUAAACCGCCUUGAAGCUGCAAUAUUCUCCUUGAAAGAGAAAUACACUGAACAAAGUGGCAAUAAAUCUCCAGUUCGAACUUCUUGGCCAUUUGUCAAGGACCCAGCGGCUGGGAUUGAUAAGUUGAAAUUACUUACUGAUCGAGCCGAGCUUCUUCUACAACUACUGAAAUUAAAAUAUCCAAAUCAUCCCCAAACAUUUCUGGAUGUUUCAAAAAUCCAACAUGGGAAGGAUGUUGGGCAUUUGAUUCUGGAAGCGUAUUCGCGGGUGCUUGGAAACUUAGCUUACAGCAUACUGUCUAGAAUUGGAGAUGUUCUGCAAGAGGAUGCUAUGUGCAACCCAAAUUCACCUACACCAACAUGUUGUUUUCCAGGGAUGAGUCUUUUGAACAUUCGUGACGUUCAGAUGUGCGAUCUCAAUGCGUGGCAGCCGCUUACUGGUCACUCAAACAGUCCCGAUAUGACAUUCUCAUCCAGCAAAGUUAGAGGAAACUCUCCGACUGCAACUCCAAGCCGAAACCGAGCAUGGUGCAUUGGCAGAGAGGUUUGUAGGAAUGUUUCCUCUGGAAACAACUCACCAUAGCCUAUUUGAAAGCAGCACAUUAGCAGUUGCGCUUUGUUGUUGUGUACAUGAAGCCAUCACAUAAGUGCGAUUGAAAUCAAAAUUUUGUGUUUAUGUGGGAAUCAGAAAAAGCAUAUUUUGAACUCAUUGUAUAUGGACAGUAUAGUUUAAAAGGCACAGUAUAUUUAUACUUUCUCCCUCUAA